AUGUUGUGCACGCGCUGCGCCUCUUACUAUUCUUUGACGACGACGACGACGUUUUUAUCAUCGGUGUUUAAGAGGACGAAGAAGAACAGCUUUGGUAUCAUCGUGACGAGCACCACCGGGAGAAAUUCUUCUUCUUUUAUUUCUUCUUCUUCUUCUUCUUCGUUUGAGAGAAGAGAACAAAGAAGCGCCAAAGGUGGUUUUGUUGUUGGUGUUGGCAAGAAGAAGACGACGAAUAAGGCCCCGGCGUUUUCUGUCGUUGCCGCUGCUGCGACCGAAGAAACGACGACCGAAACUGCUGCUUCGAAAAGGAAAGCAGUCUCCGCUUUCCCGACGAUGAUGAAAACUAUGAACACGUUUUUAGGGGUGACGAACGAAUUAGGAGCCUCCUUACUCGCACUCGUCGCGUUACUGUGUAACUGCGCGUACUUCAGCGCGAAUACAACGACAAGUGGUGCAAGUGGUUUCGCAAUAGUGGUAAUCAUUCUGAUGAACAAAAUAGCGUUAAGUGCGCUUCUCGUGAAAACACUCGCGGCUUUCGCGUUACCGGUGGAUAUCCAAUCGUAUCUGGCGUACGCGACGUUCCCGUGGCGCCCGAGGGAGGCGUUUGCGAACAAGAAGGUUUUAAUCACCGGCGCUUCGCAAGGGUUGGGGGAAGCGAUUGCCUAUUACGUGAGCUCGUUUGGAGCGAACGUCGUAUUGGCGAGUAGAAACGUGAAGAAUUUAGAAGGAGUUGGGAAGAAGUGUUUGGAAAAUGGGGCGAAAGCGGUCGAGGUUGUCGCUUUCGACGCGUUGAAACCAGAGAGCGCGGAGAUGUUGGCCAAGGCGGCGAGCGAGGCUUUUAAUGAUGGUGAUGAUGAAAAAGAAGAUGGAGAUAGCAAUAAUAAUAAGUCGUACUGUUGCGAUUACGCGUUUUUAUGCGCCGGAGCAUCGCAAUCGGCGUCGGCGUUUGAUGUGACGGAAAGCGCGGAGAGAGAGUUGUUCAAUUUGAACGCUCUGUCGACGAUUCAAGUUUUGAAAAACAUCUUGCCUUCGAUGAUUGCAAGGAAUCGAGGUCACGUGUGCGUGAUAAGCUCUAUGGCGGCGAUAUGUCCAGCUCCUGGUCAAAGUUCCUACGCGGCUUCCAAAGCGGCGUUAUCAAAAUACGUUGACUCCUUGAGAGCGGAAAUUGGUCACACGGCGAAAAACGUCACGUUGACCAAUUGCUACCCGGGCCCAAUCGCGACUGGAUUUAACGGCAAAAAGCGCGUCGUCUUCAACGCGACCGGAGUCAACGAAAACCACCCAAAAGGUCUCGCCAAAGGUCGUCUACCAGUCGAAACCGUCGCUAAAAUGGCCGUCAAAUUGACCAGUUUCGGUCAAUACUCCAUACAUCUCGCGCCGAAACUGGUCAUGUUCCUUUCGCGGUGCGUCCAUUUUUGCCCCACCGUCGCUUACGCGGUCAUGGAUAAACUCGGUCCCAAAAGAGCGCAAGCUGCGAAAAAAGGUGAAAGUCUCUACGAGUUGAAGGUUAAAGAUGCGUAG